ACUUCCCAUUUUCCAUUUCUGCAGGAAAAAUGCAGGAAAGUAAAUAUAUCCUUUCUGGAGGAAAUGUCACGGCUCAACCGCAGGUUGGAAGAGGCGACUGCCUCCUUCAAGCAACUUGACACCAAAAUAAACGAAAUCUCCGGCCAGAUUAUUCAUCUAGGUGAGGAACUAGAACGCAAAAAUGCUCCUCGUGAAAAUCUUCAAAACGCCCGGAGGCUCAUUUUAGAAUUCUCUAAGUUCGUUGGGGCUGGAGGCGGCACGUUUUCAAAUCUUCCUGUAAACUCUCCAGCUGAGGAAACUUCGUUACUCGAAAAAACCUCUAGCAUCCGAACUCUUAGCGCACUCUGUCUAGAGUUACCAGAUGAUGAACGCUUUCUUGGUGCCAAGCAGAGGAUAACAGUGGCCAGUCAAAACCUAGAGAAUCUAUUAGUCAAACGUUUCCGCUACAACUUUUCUAUUGGAAAUUGGGAGAUGAUGCGUUCCAUCGCGGAAGUCCUCGCCUGCACCAAAAGUCAUUCCGUCUGCGCAGAGGUCUUUAUUGAUGAGAUGCUCAAGGUAAGGUCAAUCUAG